GUGAAGCGCUGAAGUUGUUUUCAUUGCUUCGCUGCGUUCAGCGACAGACUAGCUCAGUGCACUAUUUUGGGCUGCGAUUCUAACUAGCAAAAUCGCUCGCUGUUUAAAUUGUCGCAUUACCUUAACUGUGCUCUAGAAAAAAACGCAUGCUAUUAUCUGGUAAAAGGGGGCGAUUUCUGUUGUACGAAAUCUCAAAUUGAUUCGGAUUCAAAGUUUACAAGAUGUUGAAAAUGUACGCUUUGCGAGUGUCGAUCGUCGUGUUUGUGGGCUUACUAGGGAAUAUUCACACAACAAAGGCUUCUGCAUCGAAAGAAAACAAUACCUACAUCAUUCUAGCACCAAAUCAGUUUCGCCCUGGAAUGGUAUACACUAUUAAAGUGAGCAUACUGAAGUCUAGUGCCAAAGUGAAUGUGACUGCAGAGAUCGCAUCAGAGACAAAAUCAUUGAUUGAGAAUACUGCUGUUUUCAGUCAAGGGAACACAGGAAAUCUUGAUUUAAAGGUCCCUUUUAAUGAGGCAGUGUCCAGUGAGAAUUAUUACCUCACUGUGAAUGGGUCUGGUGGCUUGGAAUUCAGUGAGAAAUCCUAUGUCCGCUUCAGAGAAAAUGGUUUCUCUUUGAAUAUCCAGACGGAUAAGGGGGUCUAUAAGCCAGGACAAACUGUGAAAAUGAGGAUUUUUGGACUCUUGCCGGACCUGAAGGUUUUCAAAGGAAAGGUGGCAGUGGAAGUUUUGGACCCAAAUACGAACAAAAUGAGUCACUGGGCGGACUUGGAAGAUCCAUCAGGAGUGACAAAGAAGGAGUUUUCUUUGUCCAAUCAGCCUGUCAUGGGUAUGUGGAAGAUUCAAGUAACUGCAAUGGGUCAAACAUAUGAGCGCACAUUUGAGGUCAAAGAAUAUGUGCUUCCAAAGUUUAAAGUGUCUGUCACCCUUCCCCCAUAUGCGACGAAGAAAGGUCUUGAAGAAGAUUCACUUAAGGGCGCCAUCGAUGUCAAGUACACGUAUGGCAAGGGUGUUGAAGGCACGGCCAAUAUCUCCCUUGGUUUUGAUCGUUUCAAGAUGAUUCAGCUGACCCGCACAAAAGACUUGACGGUUAAAGGCUCCAGUUCCUUCUACUUCACAAAAAGGGAAAUUGAGGAUCUUUUCAAACAGCAAUACCCGUGGUCGCAGCCUCAGUACUUGUACUCCAGCCGCUGGUAUUCACUCGUCGUAAACGCAACUUUUGAAGAAAAGCUGACGGGUCGCAAGGCGAGUGGGGAAAGCACCAUUAGCUUCUUCUCAUCAGAUGUUAAACUGGAGUUUCCUUCGUUCAACCCGAACAGCUUUAAGCCAGGACUUCUGUUUGACGCUGUGCUUCAGGUAACCCAACCCGAUGGUUCCCCUCUCAGCCCCACCCGGCAGCAAGACAUGAAGGUGACCAUACACCGCAGGUUCACCUACGGAGAGUACGAGAGCGCCGAUGCUUACACACCUAAAGAUGGGGUUAUCGUCAUUCAGAUCGACGUCCCUAGCAACGCAACCAUAGUCAGUCUUUUGGCAAAGUACAAAGAUGACAUCAACAAUAAAGAUGAAUAUGGCGAACAGGCGUACCUCAAUGCUGAGAAAGCACUAUCCCCUAGCUCCUCCUACUUACAACUACAAACCUCUACCCCAGCGGUCAAGGCUGGAGAGGCGAUACAACUCUCGUUGAAGAGCAGCUUCAAGUUGUCCUACAUCGUCUACCUGGUUUUGAGCAGAGGGAACAUACGGGACAUGAGGUCCCAGUCUAUCACGGGCGGUGCUACCACAGCCACGUUCAGCAUUGCGUCGACCCACGUCAUGGCUCCAUCGGCCCAAGUAGUCGUGUACACAAUCCGUCCCGAGGGGGAGGUAGUGGUGGACAGUUUGACGGUCACCGUUGAAAAGCCGUUCGCAAACGAGGUCAGCGUCUCGUUCAGUCGAGAUUCCGCGAAGCCUGGUGACCAGGUCAAUCUACUCGCCACAGCAACCCCAGACUCCUUGGUGGCAUUCCGUGUGGUGGAUAAGAGUGUGUUGCUGAUGGAUAAAGACAAUGACAUCACGUGUAACAAGGUGCUGAGUGAUAUUCAAGGGUAUUCUCCUUCCGGAGGCUACCCCUGGUGGGAGUGGAACUGGUUCGUCCCCGGCCGUCGCCGCCGUCGCAUGGUCAUGCCUUUUCCUGUUUCUGGUCAAGACGCCAAGUCCGUAUUUGAGAACUCUGGCUUGCUGGUUUUGUCGAAUUGCUUGGUGUAUUCCGUUCCUUCGUCGGAUUACCCGUAUUUACGAAAAGAGUUCGCCAUGGAAGGUGUUGGUGUUCCUGUAUCGACCGAUGCAGCAGCUGGGAAACAGCCACUCGCUGAAGUUUCUAAGGUUCGAACGCUUUUCCCGGAAACCUGGGUCUGGAGUGAAGUCAACGCGAGUUCGUCCGGCCAGGCAGCGAUCUCAACAGCUGUUCCAGACACCAUCACCUCGUGGGUCGCAAGCGCGUUUGCUCUUUCACCGACUACAGGAUUUGGCGUGGCCUGCAACCCAUCAAAGCUUCAGGUGAUGCAGCCGUUCUUUGUGUCGCUGGAUCUUCCCUACUCCGUGAUCCGAGGAGAGGAGGUCGCCAUAAAGGCACUUGUCUUCAACUACCUUCAACAGCCUCAGGAGGUUACAAUCACCCUGAAGGCCUCUAAACACUGGACCAUCAUCAACGAGCUAAGCCCCCGAGGUGCGCCCGACCAGGGAGAGCCUAAAGACACCGAGUACAAGAUGACCGUACCCGCUAACGAGGGCAGGGCAGUGUCUUUCCCCAUCACCCCCAAGACCCUGGGUACCAUACCGAUCAUUGUGCAGGCCCAGUCAGUCAGCGCCGCAGAUGCCGUCCAAAGAAUUCUCAUAGUCGAGCCGGAAGGCGUGGAACAGGAAUACUCUUACACAGUGCUAGUAGACCUUAACCAGACUUCGUCGUUCUCCAAGUCCAUUGAACUCGCUGUACCUGACACUGCAGUCGAGGGCUCAGCCACGGCCAAAGUCACUGUCGUGGGCGACAUCAUGGGCUCAUCCUUCAGCAAUCUCGAUAACCUUCUGCGCAUGCCGUAUGGGUGCGGUGAGCAGAACAUGGUGAACUUUGCCCCAAAUAUCUUCGUGCUCAAAUACCUGACUGCUGUUAAGCAACUGACGCCUGCGAUACGCAACAAAGCCGAGGUCUUCAUGAUUAAGGGUUACCAGAGGGAGCAGACAUACCGUCACCCAGAGGGGUCAUACAGUGCGUUUGGCGAGAGAGACAAAGAGGGAAGCAUGUGGUUGACGGCCUUCGUGGUAAAGUCGUUUGCUCAGGCGCGAAAGUACAUUUACAUAGACGAGAAAGCCCUGGAUCAAAGCAUAUUUUGGAUGGUCUCCAAACAAUCUCCGUCUGGUGCCUUCCCUAAAGUAGGCACCGUACACAGCUCCUAUCUCAAGGGAGGGCUGCAGAGCGAGAUUGCUCUCACUGCUUUCGUCGUGAUUGCCCUGGCGGAGGCCAAGAGUCAGGACAAGGGGGCCAUAUCCGCCCAAGCCAACGCCCUUCGCUACCUCGAGACCAAUCUCCAAUCCGUGAUCAGCAAACAAGACGCCUACACCCUGGCUAUUUGUACCUACGCCAUGGCGCUUACAAACAGCAGGUCGCUUAGUAAGGCCAGGACAGCGCUGACGGGGCUUGCAACAGUCAAAGAUGGUACGAUGUACUGGACUGACGGCAAACAAGACAAACUAGCCGGCCCUUCACGCCCGUACUACAGACCCAGGUCAGCGGACAUCGAGAUCACGGCUUACGCCCUCCUCGCCAUUGGGCAUAAUAAAGACGUGCAGACCGGGCUCCCUGUGGUGCGAUGGCUGUCCCAGCAGAGGAACUCGUUGGGAGGGUACUCGUCUACUCAGGAUACAGUGGUCGGUAUACAGGCCAUGUCUGAGUUUGCCUCCUUCAUCUAUUCACCUUCUAUGGACUACACUGUGACGCUCACAAACACAGACGAUAAUACAUUCAGCAAAACCUUCACUGUCAACGCGGCGAAUUCCAUGAUCCUGCAAGAAGCUGAUAUUACCAAGGUCGAGGGCUCGUUGCGCAUCACAGGAAAGGGUCGUGGUAUCGGGAUUGUCCAAGUGGGCGUGUCCUACCACGUGGACAAACCGCCUGUCGAGGCCAAUUUCAACUUCACCAUCGAGGUGUUAUCCGAGGGCAAGUAUGACAUGGAGACUCGAGCGUGCGCAGUGUGGGGAGGUGAAGGCGACGGGUCAAACAUGGCGGUCAUGGAACUUGGCGUCUUCUCUGGCUUCACACCGGAUAGGGAGUCAGUUGCUAAGCUGCUGGUCGACAAGCAGAACUCUGUCAAGCGCGUGGAAGACGAGACCCGCAAGACAGUGGUCUACUUCGAUACGAUCACCAAAAGUAAGACGUGCGUGCAGAUCCGCUAUCAGCGCGCCUACGCCACUGGAAAAGUGCAGGCGGUACCCGCGGCGGUCUACGACUACUACGCUCCAGAAAAUCGCGCCACAGCGUUAUACUCAUCCAGACGCAAGGACGCCGGGGUAUGCCGGGAAUGCCCUGACUGCAUCGGCUGUGAUCACACAAUCGUGGACCCUGACGACGGCCAAUCACGCUCUCCAGGCACAGUCCCAACACUCUCUGCUCUGGCCGUGCUGUGUGCCUGGACACUAGUAUCAUAUUUAUAAACUUUGUAGCUGAGGCGUAGCGUUACGAUAAUACGGGCUUUCUAGCUGUCAUUGAGGCGCUACAAUAUAUCCAUGAAAAAAAUCAGCAAUAUCUAGAUCUUAAUCCAUGCUAUUCAUUGCGAGUGCACUAUCGCAAAAGCCAAGAUUCUCGACAUUUGUUCAAAAAGGCUUAACCUGGCUUAGGAGUCGACUCUAUUCUUUUGUGCAUAAUAUUUGUCCGAACACGACGUAGAGGCGUGACGUGCCUUGUAGCAAUUUUAAGAACUUUUUUUAUAAUUUUUUUUAUAUUGAGAAAUAAUGCUGUUAGCAUCAGGUUAAAAUGUCCACGCAAAGUAUUUCUUUGCGAAAUUGUACGCAAUAGGCCAGCGAGACAACAAAUAUCUUGAUAUUUUUAACGCAGGCCUCUAUCUAAACCAGCUUUUGGCCUGCUUAGGGGCAGUCGCACGUCAAAUUAACACCGUUAAAUACACCGUGGAAUCGUCAUUUCGAGAGAGAGCGAAAAAGACGGCUGAAAGAGUAUGUAGAUGUCAAAUCCGUUUGCAUCGCGCGGAAUUCACUAACAAAAAGACAAUCAAACAGCUUUUAGAUAGUGUCCAGUAGUUUUUCUCUGUGCUGGGUCGGUGACGGUAGCAUUCUUGAAAAAUACCGCUACCGGUGCGACUGCCUCUUUAAAUAUUGCUUAUAAAUAAAUAUUUCGCGGCCUUUAAAAGCAUUGUAUUGGAAAUUGUCACUAAGGAACAUCGUCAAGACAGCCUUAGACAGCUAAGGUAUUGUAUACUUUCUAAAUUAUAUCCAAUUCAUGUACUCGUAUUAUUAAACACAUCCACGAA